AUAGGCACGGCCUCCGCCGUGUGGUCCUGCGGGGAAGGCUCCCUCUGUCUCUCUUGUCUUUUGGCCGGCUUGACUCGGUCUCUGAGUGUCUCCAAGGCACAGUCUGUGUAUCUGUCUCCUGUGGCCUCUCCCUGUGCAUCCCAUCUAUCCUUCGCCUGUCUCUCUGUGAACUUAGUUCUGUUUCUCUUUGCAGUUCUCACCGCUCUCUGAAGUACUCUGUCCCAUUUUCCGUCCUCUCACUCUGAUCCCUUACUUCUUUCACUUUCCUAGGAAGCCAUCUCCCUCUCUUAUCCUUCUUGGGUCCCCCAGAUCUCCCGUUUCUAUCUUCUGCUGGUCGGACAGGGACGCCUAGUCUUCGCCUCUUUUUCUGCUUGAGCUCCUACAGCGACUUUGGCUCGCGGUCGCCACCGUGUGGCCAAUAGGGAGUCCUUGAUGGCGGCGAGGCAAGCAAGCGAUGCUGUGGUCUGGACGCGAUGUCCAGAGGUGGUGCGACCCACGCCAGUGUAAGGGCACGCCUCAGAGGUGGUGUGGGACGCCAGCAGAUGAUGUGUGACUGUAUGACAAGCGAGACUGUGGGCCACUGUGUAUGGCAUUGGACCUGAGAGAGGAACUGCCUGGAGACUGUUCCCAUGUCCAACAACAUGGCCAAGAUCGCUGAGGCCCGCAAGACCGUGGAGCAGCUGAAGCUGGAAGUGAACAUCGAUCGCAUGAAGGUGUCGCAGGCAGCAGCCGAGCUUUUGGCUUUCUGCGAAACCCACGCUAAGGAUGACCCACUGGUGACUCCUGUCCCCGCCGCCGAGAAUCCCUUCCGCGACAAGCGACUCUUUUGCACCCUGCUCUGAGCCCUCAAGACAGCUUUAUCCUCCCCCUCAGAAGUAUGAAUCCAAUAAACUUGCUGACUUGGUGGUGCCUGC